CGGAUUCUCGCCACAGAGUGUCUUUGGUUAGCACGUGUGCCUAGAAUUUUCAGCUGUUUUCAGUGUUUUUGUGACCUUUUGUGACUUAAUUUUGUGUCUGUGUGUUGUCCCUGUGUUUGUUAUCGGUGGUGUAUUGUUAUUUGGGUAAAUAACUAGUUUUAAUAAGCACUAUGGAUUGCAAUAAACCUCCCGACCCCGACCCUCCUGACAUCUCUGUAUUUGCUCCUCUUUCCCCCAACUAUCCACUGUCCCAAUUCGCCGAUGUUGCUUGCAGUAUCGCGGAUUCCCACACCUCAUCACCCUCUAAUGCCAGGAAACGCUGCGGAGAUGAAUCAAACAUUGCCGUGUCAACCCCGCCACCAAAACAACAAAGAAAUUUAGUUGGCCGUAGCAGGUACUCUGCUACAGAUAAGGCACCAUUUAUUGUCCACGUCUCUCGAUUGGAGCCCCAGCCUAACGCCGGUACCUCUCUGCAUCCAGUUACUUUUGGGAUAUUUCUUCAAAAGCACAAUAUAACUAGCAUUGUCCGCGAUGGCGUUAAAAAAGUCGGCAGGAAUCGUGUAUCAGUAGAAUUUAAAUCCCCUCAGGAUGCGAAUUCAUUUAUCAUUAAUAAUAUCCUCCCCAAAAACAGUUUUGUGGCCUCUAUCCCUACUUUUAAUAUUACUCGCAUGGGUGUUGUUACUGGUGUGCCCACUGAUUUGAAUGAAGAAGAAGCUAAAAGAUACCUACAGGUCCCUUCAGGUUGUGGAGAAAUUCUUAAAGUUAGACGGAUAAAUAGGAAAGUGGUGAUUGAUGGAGUGGCCGAAUUUAAGGCUACAGAAACAUGUGUCCUUACCUUUGACGGUCAGGUAUUACCGCAAAGAGUCUUCUGUUGUUACACUUCCCUUCCAGUCCAACAGUAUGUUUACCCCACCAUCCAGUGCCGUAAGUGCUGUAGGUUCGGUCAUGUGGAACUUGUGUGCCGGUCUAAACCCCGCUGCAGUAAAUGCGGCCAUGAUCACCCUGGUGAUGGUUGCAGCAUUUCUGAGGCGGAGGCAUUCUGUGUGCUCUGCCAAAGACCCAUGCCCCUCUAUCCCCCUCUUACGAUAAAGCUGCUCAUCAGCAAAUCAUUAACUCCCCUGCAUCUUCACAGCCUGAUGGCUGUGCUCUAA